AUGAGUGAGUCUGCCAGGUCUAACAAGGAUGAUGAAUGUAGUGAAAGAGCAAUCUCUGGAAGUCCCCUAAGGGAGACUCUUCAGGAGGAUGUGCUGACGGGACGAAUAAUUGGAGGCCAUGAGGCUGACCCACACAGCUGGAAGUGGCAGGUAUCGCUUCAGAUUGCCUAUCCUGACUACCCGGGGUACUACUCUCACAUUUGCGGCGGAACCCUUAUCACCGGCAAAUGGGUCAUGACUGCAGCCCAUUGCUUCAGCAUGCCAGAAGGAUCAACCUACCGAGUGGUUCUGGGUGAGCAUGAUCUCUUGCAGGAGGAUGGCACUGAGUACGCUAUUGAUGUGGAUAAAGUCUUCAUUAACGAAGGCUGGAAUCCCAAUAAAAUUGCCAAUGGCUAUGACAUUGCCCUGCUGCGCCUCAGUUCUCCUGCCUACGACAAUGGGUUUGUUGAGCUGGGACUGCUUCCAUCUGAAGGAGACAUUUUGCCCAAUGACUAUCCUUGCUAUAUUACUGGAUGGGGUGCAACUAGUGUGGAUGGCAGUGUCCCAGACAGACUGCAGGAGGUGAUGAUGCCAAUUGUUGACCAUCAGAUCUGCUCCCAGGAUGACUGGUGGGGAUCUCAAGCAAAAGUCACUAUGAUCUGUGCAGGUGGAGACGGCGUGAGGGCUGGAUGCAGUGGGGACUCUGGGGGCCCUCUCAACUGCUACAAAGACGGUCACUGGCAAGUCCAUGGGAUUGUCAGUUUUGGGCUAGUUCCUUACUGUAAUACCUACAAGAAGCCAACAGUCUUCACACGUGUAUCAGCCUACGUGGACUGGAUCCGCAAUAUUAUAGCAAAUAAUGGGGGUUUCUAGAGAAGGAUUGUCUGGUGCAUGAAUAUGAGAAGAGCUAGAAUUAAGUAUUUCUGCUCAUUAACUCCUCUCAUCCCUUCUACACCUCUUU